AUGCCUGCAUGGAACGCUCGGCGGUGGAAUUCCGUUCAUGAGCUCUCACAGGCAAUGAGAGCGCAUGACAGUCCAAGGCAUGUCACGGCUUACCCACAAAGCCAAAACGCACACCCUCAACAGACUAUCUCGCAGACGGCAGCCACCACUAGACGCGCGCCUCACGAGACUAUUUUGACGACGCAUGAAUCCAGCAGUAUGACACCACGAUACCCUGGAGUCAGCAGUGGAACGCAACCACAAUACACCCAAGCCUCUUAUGCUCAGGUCGUUCCAGAAGGCAGGGGAGUUGCAUCUUCGUACGCUUCUGCAGUCGGAACACCGCAGCAUUCGUCAUCGGCCGCUAGCACAAAUUACACGACUGCCGCCUCAACCCAUGUUAAGCCUGCUGCCCGCCGUCCUAAUAGUAUGGGUUUCCGUCCACCCCCGCAGCUUUUUAGAGAUCCUCGGGGAGCUACGUAUACGCAAGCUGGAAGGACCACCAGCAGCUUCAUGGGAAUUGCUUCGACGGAUUCCUAUAGUCCGUAUUCGUCAGCAAGGCCGUCCGGCGACACGUCACGAACUCCCGCAGGAAGCGAUGGCGCAGGAACUGCAGAGACAACCUCUGCUGAGACCACUACUGCCGAAGAGGAGGAAUCCGAGCCAACUGAGGAAGGUGAAUCUACCGAAGUGCAAAGUUCGGGUAGAAUGGGGGAAAGAAGGACCAUGAACCCAUAUGACCUAUCGCACAUAUUUCCGGAUAUUUACCAAGAAGAACAGCCGCCGUCGCAUGAGAAUAUGGCACAUCAAAGCCUUGAGCUGUUGGAAAUGACAGCCUUGAACUCCUCGGAUGAGGAGUAG